UCCAUCACACUUAGGGUUUCUUACACUCAUCAAUGGAGUCCUUUAGGACACAAACCUCAUAGAGCCACUAAAAUUGAAAUUGCCGGAAUCAGAUUGAAAAUAGAAAGAAGCCUAUAAAAAUAGAAACUGUAAAUUCCAAUUAGCAAGUUUGGGUAGUCUAUUUAAGCCGCCGUCUGGGGUGUGGUUUGUUCUCAGCUCAUCUGUACUCAUUCAAACAGCGCGAUUCCUUGCAGAAAUUUUCAUCGCAAAGAUCCUUGAACGCAAUGGAAAAUCCAUCAGGUGUGAGUUCUGAUUCUUCUUGGUUAAUUCAUAAAAGAGACAGGGCUAAUGAAGAAAAAGAAGAAACUACAUCUGGAAACAAGAAGACUAAAUUUGUACUGCCCACUGGUUUUCUUGAACCACUUAAUAUAUUGGAGGAGGAGGAUGAAAUCUUAGCACCUAUACCAUUAUCUUCAUGGAAGCCUGAUGAUUCCAAUACCAAGUUAUCAGUUCCAUAUUGUAAGCAAUUUUGGAAGGCAGGGGAUUAUGAUGAAGUUGGUACUUUACCGGGACGUGGAGGGGAUACGACGCUAAUUGAUGGUAUGGAUCAUGUGAGGGUGCAUCCAAGGUUUCUGCAUUCUAAUGCAACCAGUCAUAAGUGGGUUCUUGGAGCUGUUGCGGAGCUGCUUGACAAUUCUCUAGAUGAGGCCAUCAAUGGAGGUACAUACUGUCAUAUAAAUAUGCUUUUAAAUAAGAAAGAUGGUUCUAGGAUGUUGCUAGUGGAAGAUAAUGGUGGUGGUAUGUCUCCUGGAACAAUGCGGCACUGUAUGUCUCUUGGGUUUUCUGGGAAAAGUAAAUUAGCUAACACGAUUGGUCAGUAUGGGAAUGGUUUUAAGACUAGUACAAUGAGGAUUGGAGCUGAUGUCAUUGUGUUUUCGCGAUGUCCUGGAAAAGAUGGAGGAAGGGCUACGCAGAGCAUUGGACUACUUUCGUACACGUUCUUGACGAGCACUGGCAAGGAGGACAUUGUAGUUCCCAUUCUUGAUUAUGAGAAAAAUGGCAAAGAUUGGAGCAACAUUGUACCAGCAUCAUCAUCUUCAAUUGAUUGGAAUAAGAAUGUACAAACAAUUGCGCAGUGGUCUCCUUAUGCAAGUGAAGCUGAGCUUUUAGAGCAGUUCAAUUUUAUUAAAAGUCAAGGUACUCGAAUAAUCAUAUACAAUCUUUGGGAAGAUGAGGAAGGAGCUCUAGAGCUUGAUUUUAACUCUGACAUUCAUGACAUCCAAAUUCGAGGUGCCAACCGUGAUGAAACGAAGAUACAAAUGGCGAAGGAUUAUCCAAAGUCUAAGCAAUUCUUGACUUAUACACAUUCAUUAAGGAGUUAUGCUUCCAUUCUGUAUCUUAAGCCUCCACUAGGCUUUCGGAUCGUUUUGCGUGGUCAAGAUGUUGUGCACCAUAACAUUGUGAACAAUAUGUUUAAGGUAGAAGAUAUCAAAUACAAACCAACUGGUCUUGAUAGUGCGGUGAAUGCAGAUGCAGAUGCAGAUACGGGCAUGGUAGGAAAAAUGGGGUUCCAUAUGGAUGCAAAAGCGCACCUUGACAUCCAAGGUUUUAGUGUGUAUCACAGGAACAGACUAAUUAAGCCAUUCUGGAGGGUUUGGAACAGUCCUUCAAGUGGGGGUCGUGGGGUUAUAGGUGUGGUGGAGGCUAACUUUAUCAAACCAGCACAUGAUAAACAAGAUUUUGAGAAAACAAUUAUGCUUUCAAGACUUGAGUGGAAAUUAGCACAUGAACAAAAACAAUUUUGGAAUAAAUUCAAAGGUGUUAUUGGUUAUGUUGACUCGAAACAGAAGAAUUAUGUUGAAACUCGACGUUACUUUUCGAGAUCCAACUCCGCAGCCCAAGGGAUUCAAAUCCCAGUUAUGGAGAAGUGUGACUCACUCUCAAUUCAUUCAGAGAGUGCUCGAAGAGAGACACUAAGAUCUGCUCAAAGAGGGGAAGGCAAGCAGAUGAAUGGAUGUAAGAAUCAUGAGGGUACAGGAAUUAGUGUCGAGAAUGGAAAAGAACCAGGCGUGACUGUCAAUGUCAAGGAGAAGCCAGUUGAUCAAGAUUUAGCUUCAGCAAGAAAUGAACAAGUAGCUGUUUCAGGUACGACUUCUGGCAAUAAUUUGAUAACUGAGAAUCUCGAAUUGAAUAACAGAAGAAAGCAUACGAAUGAAAUGUUAUCGAGUGACUUGACGAGUAAACAAGAUAGAGGUAGAGUGCUUGAAGUUCAAACAAAGAAAGCUCCCCAGACAGAUGCAGCUCUUCUACAUGUUUUGCCAGUAGAGAAUCGUGAAAUAAAAUCCAGAGGUGAUCUGACAAGUAAACAAGAUAGAGCUAGAGAGCUUGAAGUUCAAACAAACGAAGCUCCCCAGAAAGAUGCAGCUCUUCUACAUGAGUUGCAAGUAGAGAAUCGUGAAUUAAAAGCCAGAAUAAAAGAACUCAAGGAAAAGCACCUGCAAGACUUAAAAGUCCAAAGAGAGAAACUCGAAGAAAAACACCUGCACAACUCAGAGUUACAGAAAGAGAAAUGUCGAUCCUUGGAAGCUGAACUGAAAGAAACAAAGGAUAACUUUGAGGUAUUGGUCCAGGAGCAAGAUAAAAUUAUCGAGAUAUUUUCAGAGGAAAGGACUCGCCGAGAUGCUGUAGAAGAAAAGUUGGCGAACAAAUUGAAGGCUGCAUCCACUACUAUUAAAGAGCUGCAAGAUAAGGUGUUCAAUUUAAAGAAGAAGAAAUCUCAGCCCAUCAGAUAAACAGAAAAUCACUCAACCCCUCUCUUCAAUUAAACACCUGGAAACACAUCAUUUUGAAGGUUUAUAUGCCUUUACAUACUACUCCCCAGAAUUUCAUAUUUUGGUAGUACCUCCAUUAAUGGGGCUUGUCAGUCUUUCUUAGUCUGUCACUCUGUUAAUAUUUUGUUACAGUCUUCACUUGAUGAAUGACAUCUAAACUUAUGCCCAUCUAGUAUUUAGUGUCACAUCCUCUUGUUCAGCUGUAAUUUCAUAUUUUGUUGGUACCUCCAUUAAUGGGUUUUGUCAGUCUUUCUUAGGCUGUCACUCUGUUAAUAUUUUGUUACAGUCUUCACUUGAUGAAUGACAUCUAAACUUAUAUGCCCAUUUAGUAUUUACUGUCA